AUGUUUAGAUGGUCGAGUGCGUCGAGUUUGUCGAAAAGGGGAAAGCAAAAGGUCUGGGAACCCAGGGUUUUGAGCUUGCAGAGCGCAAAGAAUGGCGAGAGUGAGACGGAAUGUCACCGGGCGAGAGACAGAGAGAGGAGGAAUGAAAUGCGAAAAGAGAGCAACGGGGCGAGCAGAGCUGACGAGACGGAAAGGGAACGAAAGGAGGCAACAAAAGCCGAAAGACUGAGGGGAAGACGGUAUCGUGAGAACUGGACUGUGGUCGGAAGAGGCCCUUUGGGAAUGGUCAGCAAGGGCGUGGCGUCUCGGUUGCAACAGCGCUCUACGUCGGGUGAAAGCGGAGGCGGCAAGACAAGAGAUGAGAGCACCAGGAGAGACGGAGCAAGACAGGCUCGACAGGGAGAGAAAAGAAAGGGUGUGCAGGCAAGACCAGAGUGGAGCCAGGAGAGCAAAGGUGGUGUGGGGGAAGACGAUUUGGAGAGAGUGCGCGACAGACGACGAGAAGUGAUCCGACCACUGCGAGUCGAGACGGUUUGUGCGGUGGUGUGGGUGUGA